AAACCCCUCUUCAUUUUUCAUCCUUUUUCUUCUGACCUUUUUCUUUUUCUGGAAAUGGAUAGUUUAUCCAUACUCUUCUAUACAGUUGACGUUUCUAAAUUCUUGAUUUCUAUACCUUAGUUUCUUGUGGCAGGACCGCAUGAGUAAUUAUUUAUAAUUUUUUAAACUUGUACUACAGUGCUGAACCGUGAUUGGUGCCACAUAACGGGCUUUCUCUUUGCACAUGUAUUUGAUGUUGGACAAAUCUAAAUGUUGAAAGUCAAAGUCGGAUAUAUGUUGGAGAGGUUUGAAAGCUCAUAUGAAGAUGAAAAAAGCAAACUUAUUGUUUCAGAAGGAGAGCCAAAAACUUAUAUACUGACAACUGAUGGAUGUUUUUGUAUAAAUCCAAAGAUCAUUGCUUGCUGCUGAUGUAGUUCAUCCAGAGCAUUACACCAUGGAGUACGCCCGAUUGCUUGCGGUAUUCCUAUCCCAACUCUUUCUUCUCCAUUCUACUUUUGCUGUAGAUUUCAGCUUCGAUGGCUUCAGUUCAUCUGAUCUCUUGCUCUACGGCGAUGCAACCAUAAGUUCCAAUGUUCUUUCUCUCACUGAAAAUACCACUUUUUCCAUGGGUAGAGCUCUCUUCCAUGCCAAGGUACCCACUAGGUUUACCAACUCCUCUAAACUUCUUCCUUUCUCAACCUCCUUCACCUUUUCCCUAUCCAAAUUGAAGAACUCUCUUCCUGGUCAUGGCUUUGUUUUUAUCUUUGUUCCUUCUGCUGGUAUUCAAGGUGCGUCCUCAUCUCAAAAUCUCGGCUUCUUGAACAGAACCAACGAUGGCAACCCUAACGGCCAUGUCUUUGGUGUCGAGUUCGAUGUAUUUCAAAACCAUGAAUUCAACGAUAUAAACGAUAAUCAUGUCGGGGUUGAUAUAAAUUCCCUUACUAGCAUUGUUGCUUACAAAGCUGGUUACUGGUUUGACAAUAAGACUAAUUGGUCUUUCAAAGAGGUAAGGCUGAAUGAUGGAGCUAACUAUCGAGUUUGGAUAGAAUACUGGAGCCAUAAUCUCAUCAUAACAUUAGCCCCUGCAUACAAAAAGAAGCCUCAGAGGCCGUUGAUCAAGGUUCCUCUUGAUCUCUCUGGUGUUUUUCUUGAUGAAAUGUAUGUUGGAUUUUCUGCUGCAACUGGGCAACUCCUUCAAAAUCACAAGAUUCUAAGUUGGAGCUUCAAUAAUUCAAUUUUCUAGUUGGCUUUAUUAGCAUAUAAAAUAAGUAAGUUGAGGGGUUUGAGAAGAUGAAAUGAUUAAAGUGGAAAGAAAGUUUGGAGGAAAUAUUUUGUUUUGAGGUUGGUUUUUUUGGUGUGAUUUUAUUGCGAAAGCUUUUGUCUUCGUGGUCUUAAAUCCCAAGUUAUGUUUUUUCAUUUUAUUAUGUUUGUGUAUAUUGAGAGCAAUAGUUGUUGGUUUGUGGCGAUGGCCAUGAAAAAAUAAAAUAAGAAAAAACGUUAGAAUGUGAA